AUGGGUAUCAAGCAGCUGUUUCAGAUUGUCAAGGAGGAGGCGCCGGACGCCAUCAAGGAGGGCGAGAUCAAGAACCAGUUUGGGCGCAAGGUUGCCAUUGACGCCUCCAUGAGCAUCUACAGCUUCCUGAUCGCCGUGCGCUCCGACGGCCAGCAGCUCAUGAACGACAGCGGCGAGACGACGUCGCACCUGAUGGGCAUGUUCUACCGCACGCUGCGCAUGGUGGACAACGGCAUCAAGCCGCUCUACGUCUUUGACGGCGCGCCGCCCAAGCUCAAGUCGGGCGAGCUGGCGAAGCGCUUCCAGCGCAAGCAGGAGGCCACCGAGGGGCUGGAGGAGGCAAAGGAGACGGGCACGGCCGAGGACGUCGAGAAGUUCUCCCGGCGGACGGUCCGGGUCACGCGGGAGCACAACGCCGAGUGCCAGCGCCUGCUCAAGCUCAUGGGCAUCCCGUACAUCAUCGCGCCGACCGAGGCCGAGGCGCAGUGCGCGGUGCUGGCGAGGGCCGGCAAGGUGUACGCUGCUGCGAGCGAGGACAUGGACACGCUGUGCUUCAACACGCCCAUUCUGCUGCGCCAUCUUACGUUUAGCGAGCAGCGCAAGGAGCCGAUCCAGGAGAUUCGACUGGACAAGGUCCUGGAGGGGCUGAAUAUGGAGCGUGAACAGUUUGUCGACCUCUGCAUUCUGCUCGGCUGCGACUAUCUCGACCCUAUCCCCAAGGUCGGGCCUACGACUGCGCUGAAGCUGAUCCGAGAACACGGCACUCUGGAAAAGGUUGUCGAGGCGAUCGAGAAGGACCCCAAGAAGAAGUACACCCUGCCGGAGGACUGGCCUUACAAGGACGCGCGGGAGCUCUUCUUCCACCCAGACGUGCGUCCGGCGGACGACCCGCUCUGCGACUUCAAAUGGGACAAGCCCGACAUUGACGGACUGGUGCAGUUUCUCGUCACCGAGAAGGGCUUCUCCGAGGACCGCGUCCGCAGCGGAGGCGCGCGACUGGAGAAGAAUCUGAAGAACUCGCAGCAGGCGCGUCUGGAGGGCUUCUUCAAGCCCGUGCCCAAGACGGAGGCGGAAAAGGUUGCGCACAAGCGCAAGCUGGAGGAGAAGAACGAGGAGAAGAAGAAGAAGCUCAAGCAGGAGAAGAAGGAGAAGGCUGCGGCCAAGGCGAAGCCUCGCGGCGGUGCAUGA